AGGACUAACAUUUUUUUCAUCAAAGUCAAAAGACUCAAGGCACACUGCUGUAUGAAUAAGCUCCUUCCUUCAGUGACUUAUUGCUAUUCCUCUAUCAGUUGGCUGACAUAUAUAGUUAAUGGAUAACUUCAAUCCCUUGUGUAGGUUUUUAACAAGCAGCCAUAAACAUGACUCCCACCAGAAAGGUAAUUAAACAAUCUGUGCUUAAUUGUACGGCUGGUCACAAAAUUCAGUUCAAUAAACAGACCAGUUAGAUUAAACCAGAUAACUGAAUUAGCUAGAAAUGUAGGUGGUUAAAAAAACAAAACCAAAAAAAAAGAAGAAAGAAGUGUGUGUGGGAGAGAAGAGGGGGCGGGGGAGAGACCCUGACCUGUGUGUGAGUGUAGGCGUGAACUGCUCCAAUCAACAGCAUCUGCACUGUUACAGCAUCCCACAGGUCACCCUGCUGCUGAACACCAGCUGAUGAGAGCCUGAUACGAGUGAGUGAUCAAGUUUUAUCCGUUUUAAAAUUCGCUCUGUAAUUGUGCUUAUAUGCGCAGUAAAUAAUAGAUGAACAUAUGUACAUUUGUAUAAAUUGAAGACAGUAAUUAACUGUAUCUUCUUAUCCUGUUUUGGGAAAAACUUAAAUGAAGAAUGUCCAAAAUUAUCUGAAGACAAAGAUAGAGAAAAGAUAAAAGAAAAGAUAAGGAAUAAUAUUUUUUGUUUGUGAUAUUUGAGAACUUGCUUUUAAAGAACCACAUAAAAGGCAAAAUAAUGAAUGUAAUGGGAUGAGAUUAAAAGUCACAAAACUGCUAUCAUAUCAACCAAGAUCAAUUCAACAGUUACAUACUCAUCAACAGAACAGAAGCAACUCAAAUAUUGUAGGUCAGGAUAGAUAAAGAAGAUCUAUUUCAGGGAUCAGGGAAGCCUUAUUAUGUUAUAGAAAACAAAGUUUUAGCAAAUAAUGUUACUGAAAAUUUGACAAUGACUAGUUGACUGAAAGUGAUAUAUAAGUAUAUUGAUGAUCAAAAAAAUGGUAUUCAAAAAAUUGUAUUGUUGAAAUUACAGUUCAAAAGGCAUUAAUUGUUAAACGUUCAAACAUUUUUAUGAUAUCAUUAGUGUUAAGAUGAUAGUUUGAGUGUUUUGUAAAUUGGACACAAAAAAGAAAAUGAUGUAAAAUGACGUAAACGUCCCAACGUCAUGAUGAUCUAUACCGAGCAUGAAAGAUUAGAGAGAUUAGCAAAAAGUGGAUCAGACUCUCCCCAAUACUGAUUAUUUGCUUUAUGCAUAACAAACUAGAGCCUAAAAUUUUAAAUUAACGCCUGAACGGAAAGAUUAACUUCAUGAGUUUACUAGGUGUUCACUGUGUGUAUUUACUGUAGGGCAAUACUAUGACAUUGUGAGGGGAUUCUUCUUUCCCCACUAUGCCAAACCAAAUGUUUGCUUGUUUUAUGAGAUAGGGAAGUUGCAGCUAAAACUUUAUUGACAGCAUUCAUGUGACUGUUGUCUUGCAUAUCAAAUAUUAAUUCAGCUAUGUUAGCGGUAGCAGUGUAUUCAAUCACCACAGCAAAUUUACAUUCUAUAAAACAGACAUCUUGGAGUUUAUUAAGUUUUUACUUGCCACAGGUUUAACUGCCCCAGCAGAAGCAGCUGAACACCUUCCUUCCUCCCUCCCUUGUUUACUUCAGCCAACCUAAUUUCCUCCAGAUAUGAGAGCGACUGAGUGAUUUAAAGUUUAAGAGCAGAAGAUCAUUUUGGAACAUGGAGCUGUCGAAUAUGACUGAUGAGACAGUCGAGCCAUUCUCACCUCUGUCCAACUGCACUGUGGACACCAGCUACCGCUUCACCUUCUAUCAAGUGUCCUACAGUAUCAUCUUCCUGCUAGGGUUGGCCACCAACAGCCUGGCUCUGCGCAGACUGUGUCUCUCUCCCUGCACCAUGAACAGCACAGCCAUUUACAUGGUCAGCCUGUCAGCUGCCGACAUGUUUUUUGUAAUAUCCCUGCCCCUAAGAAUCUACUACUACCACCAGAAGGCCAGGGUCCUGUCCUCCAAGGCAGGAGACCCAUCCAGUUGGAGUCCUGGGGUGGCAUACUGCCACCUCACUUUCACCCUCAAAUACAUCAGCCUGUAUGGGGGCAUCUUCUUCCUGGUGUGCAUUUCUGUGGACCGUUACUUUGCUGUAGUGCAUCCUCUGGCAUCAACACUCCGCCGGCUGCGUCUUGCACAGCUGUUAAGUGGGGGGAUCUGGUGCCUGGUGCUGGGACUCAGUGUCAGUCUGCCUCUGCUGCGCUCUGCAGCUGCUCACCAUCACCAGCCCUGUCUGUUAGACCCGUCCUUGCUACGCCAUCGCACCAUUAUCCUGGUAGCUCUGGGCUUGGUCCUAGGGUCAUUUAUGUUGCCCACUGUGCUACUCCUCUACAGCUACUGCAGAGUGUUGACUGUGCUUCGCCAGCCAAGACACCGCUCCCGCAGCCAGCGCCGCAGCCGUCAGCACACUCUUACAGUUAUUUACUGGGUGAUGGGAGUCUUCCUGCUCUGCUUCGUACCCUAUCACAUCAACCUCCUGGGAUACACACUCACACAUGUGGGGCUGCUGCCCCAUUGUGGACUGGCCAAGGUGACCAAGGCUGUGCACCCUGUGGUGCUAUCACUAGCAAGCGCCAACUGCUGCCUCAACCCACUCAUCUACUAUUUCUCCAGUAGCCUGGUGCACAAGGAGGCGCCAAGUGGUAGAGUCAGUGGCAGCCAGUGACACACAUCAUCUCACAACAAUACUGACAGACUUUUAACAUGGUCAUUCCUUAAUCUAAAGAGCACUACACUGGCAGUCUGGGGUUCACUCUAAGGAGCACUUUGUCAGCUUAGUUAUUUUGUUAAGUGUAUUUUGUAUUGUUGUUUAUGUGUUUGUGAAAUAUUUAAAUGCAAUGACAUUUCUCAUGUGUUGUGGAUAUUGAAUGUAACCUGCGUCAUUUCACGAAAGUACUGAUCAAAUGCUAUGGAGUCAUUUAUAUGUUGACCCUAUUUGUCUUUUAUAUCAUUCUUGAACUGUAGUAAUAGAUGAAACAUUAAAAAGAACUCUUCUUUUCAUCUCAUGGGGUAAUGAUUGGAUAUAUUUACAGUGUCUAUGUGUAUUUAUGCUGUGCAUGACUCUCAUUAAAAUAAUGUGACAUCA